AGCGGCUGCACAAUUAAACAGCAUCGCCUGCAUUUCCAGUCAAUAGAGCCGCAGAUAAACGGCAUCAAACGCCCUUUUCUCCGCGAGGAGCGAUGGAGCGACCGGAGAGCUUCGAGAAGCCGCUGCUGGGGGAGAUGAAGCGGCUCUGCAGGAGAAUACAAGACGCCUUCAGCGAGCUCCAGGAGGACCUGACGCCCUACAAAACCGAGCGCUUCUACCGGUUGGCCCCCAUGCGUCUCUACACUCUCUCUAAGAGGCACUUUGUUCUGGUGUUCGUGGUUUUCUUCUUCUGCUUCGGCGUCUCGAUGCUCAUCGGUGUGUCAGGACCGAAGAUCAUUAGUGAGAAUUAUUACAACGGUUUGAGUCUCAGCAUCAAUGGAUCAAAGAGCGGCCCGUUUGACCUCCGAUCUCCGCCGCUGUCCAACUACAACCAGCAGCUGUGGCUGACCUGCAUCAUCCAGCUGGACCGCAGCAUUGCAGAUUUGAGCUGGGACGAGCUGGGGAUGAAUGUGGAGCUGCAGGGCGUGAUGCAGGACGCCAGCGUGAUGCACAUCAGAGACAACGUUCACAACAAGAACCGAAGCCUCCGCUGCGCCGCCCGUCAGCAGGCGUGUGACGAGAUCAUCGUGCUGCAUCUGGGAUAUCUGAACUACACGCAGUACAAGAUCAACGUCAGCUUCAGGAACCUGCAGGAGGGCCUGAAGGACAAAAUCAAAAACGUGACUUUUGUGUUUAAGAUGUACAACGCCACGUUCUCUCAGGUGGAGAUCUGGUUCCGCUUCGUGUUUGUGGUGAUGACCUUCAUCGUGACCUGCAUGUUCGCUCACUCUUUACGCAAGUUCUCCAUGAGGGACUGGGGAAUCGAGCAGAAGUGGAUGUCUAUUCUUCUUCCUCUGCUGCUGCUGUACAACGAUCCGUUCUUCCCGCUGUCGUUCCUGGUGAACAGCUGGUUUCCGGGAACGCUGGACGCUUUCUUCCAGGCUCUGUUCCUGUGUGCGCUGCUGCUCUUCUGGCUGUGUGUGUAUCACGGCAUCCGAGUGCAGGGAGACCGGAGGUUCCUGACCUUCUACCUGCCCAAGCUGCUGAUCGUGGGGCUGCUGUGGCUCUCGGCCGUCACGCUGGGAAUCUGGCAAACGGUGAAUGAGCUGCAGGAUCCCACGUAUCAGUACAAAGUGGACAUCCAGAACUUCCAGGGCAUGAAGGUCUUCUUCUUGCUGCUGGUGGCGGUGUAUGUGCUGUAUCUGGUGUUUCUGGUGCUGUGUGCCUGCUCCGAGCUCAAGAACGCGCCUUACACAGAUCUGCGGCUGAAGUUCCUGACGGCGCUGACGCUGCUGGUGCUGGUGAUCAGUGUGGUUAUUCUUUACCUGAGAUUCGGCUCCAAGGCUUUGCAAGACAACUUUGUUGCUGAACUCUCCACUCACUACCAGAAUUCAGCCGAAUUUCUUUCCUUCUACGGCCUCCUGAACUUCUAUCUCUACACGCUAGCGUUCGUCUACUCGCCCUCCAGGAACGCUCUGUACGACUCGCAGCUGAAGGACAAUCCUGCCUUCUCCAUGCUCAACGACUCGGACGAUGAAGUCAUUUACGGGAGCGAUUAUGAGGAAAUGCCUCUUCAGAACGGCCGCGCCAUCAAAGCCAGCGCCAAAUACCAGGAUGAGAGCGAGAGCGACUGAAAGCGGAGUGACUCCGGAUCGCUGGUGUAGAUGUAUAUAGACGAACAGUGUGUAAAUAUACGGGCCGAUGUAUUUUUAAAGCUACAGUGGCGUGUUUCUGAAGUCGGUGGAGACGCACUGAACCCGUCGAGUGCUGCUUCACCUCCAGAUUAAAAGGAGAAAAAUCAAUCAUGUAUAUUUUCAUUUGCAUCUGUGAUAAUUAAGCACAUUUAACCCGUGAUAAUGAAAAUCAUCCUGAUCCAGCUGAACACAAAUAAUGCCUUGUGCUUCUAGUAUAAACAUAAAUGAUUUACAAAUAUUUUCAUAUGAAAUGCUUAUAUAGUUAGAUUUCUUCUUUUUUUUUGCAAUUUAGGGUGAAAUGUGCUUAAUUUUCAUGACAAAAAAAAGAAAAAAAGGGUCUCAAAAAUAGCCAAUGUUUUAUUCUUUAGAUUUUUGAGUGACACACAUUGUGAAUUUCUAGACAGUGUUUAUGUGAUCGGCCUCAGUUUUUUCUCAUCGAUCAGACUCUAUUAAUAAUGUGAGGAAGCUGCUUAUGUGCACAUAUUUCUAUUGAUUUCUGGCUCGUUUGAGCUGUUUUGCCAAUCUGGAGAUCCUGAGUGAAUGUGGAUGAGAAUAUGGAGCCUGGUGUUUCUUUGCUUUCACUGGAUGUUAUAGUUUAUCGUUCCAAAAGCCUUUUUUUUUCUCACAUUCCUGUCUUAUUGUGUUUCCUGUACAUGUUUUUGUGUGUUUACGGUUAUUUUGUGGGUCUGAAUCACUUCCAGGGUCCCGUUGUGGACAGAAGCGCCUUGUUUUUGUUUUGUACGCACUGUUGGUUCACUCUGAUGACGGUUUAAAGCAGCAGGUUGAUGAGUGCUUGAUCCGUCUGAUGUGACGCUGGACUUUAUGAAAUGUCCCAGAAGCACCGUGUGAUGGCGGUUCGCUGUGCCUUUCCACAUGUACAUGAGAUCAUUCCUAAAGCCGCUGAGCUCGGUCCAGACGACGAGCUGCUUGUGAUGUCUGAGUGAAUGUGGAAUAAACUCUGCAGACGUUUUUAA